UGCACUGUGCUGCACUCGAAUUAAUGGAUCAAAUUAUUUCACGAAUUUAACGGGUGUCAGCCUGAGAGCAUCGGUAUACCCACCUCUGAGAAAAAAAAAAAAAAAGUCCCCGGCCAGCUCGGAAUCAAAUAAUGUAUCGAUCCUGUUUUGUGAACAUUAAUGGCUGAAAAUAUGUGAAGGCAAUGAAAGAAAACUACCUAAGAGGCAGCAUGACUACAGGUGGUGCUAGCUCUAGUGGUGCAGAUACAUCUCCCAAAAAAAAGGGGUGGCCCAAAGGGAGGAAGCGUCGCCUUUUACCAAAGGAUUCCAACGCCCCCAAGGGACCACUUUCAGGAUACAUGCUCUUCAUGGGAGAUCAGCGAGAAGUAUUGCGGCAGACUCAGCCUGGCCUGGCCUUUCAUGAAAUUACCAAAUUGGUUGCUCAGAGGUGGGCUGCCCUUGACCAGAUAGCCAAGACCAAGUACCUGGAGGCUGCAGAAGCUGACAAAGAAAGAUACCAAAAGGAGAUGGAGGAGUAUCAGAAAACAGAUGCUUACAAAAACUUUCUUCAGAAGCAAAGAAAGGCAGAAACUCCUUCUCCCCCAAAGAAGACCAGGAAGGAGAAUGGUGAGGAGAGAAAAGAAGAGGAAGAGGAGGAGGAGGAGGAACCCUUGAACCCUCACUCAGCAUUGGAGAUUCCAAUUUUCACAGAGGAAUUUCUUACUCAUAACAAAGUACGUGAAGGAGAGUUGCGGCAGCUGCGAAAAUCCAACACAGACUAUGAAGAACAGAAUGCCAUUCUGCAGAAGCACAUAGAGAGCAUGAAGAGCACUGUGGAGCGUCUGGAGUCGGAGACAUGUCAACAGCGCAGCAACAAUGCAGCAUUACAACAGCACAUAGAGACCCUACGACGAACCUUGGCCAGAGCCUUCAUUAAUCUCCCUUUACCAGAAAUCUCCAUUCUUGGAGACUUCAGUGUUCACCAUCAGCUUUGGCUUUCCUCUCCCUUCAUUGACCAUCCUGGUGAACUAGCCUUCAACUUUGCUAUCCCCCACAACCUAGAGCAAUUGAUGCAACAUCCUACUCAUAUUCCUCAUCGUCUUGGAGGCAGUGAGGCGGCACCCACAGAGGAGACGAUAGACAGCUAUAUGGUCCAACUGCAUUCCCUUAUUGUGAACAACCCACAGCAACAUCAAGGUCUCAUUCAAACUGUGAGGGGGAUAGUGAGUCAGCUAGCACUCACUUGAAUAGAGAUACCUCAGCAAGUUGCUGAGAAGGCAGAAUACUAUAUUCAUUAAUCACCAUAACAACUGUUCCAUGACAAACAGUAAUCACUGCCUUGUGAAAAGAAUGUGAAAUAGAGUUUUAGAUCAUUAUUAUGAUGCAACUAACACCAUAACUCAUUAGGGUUGAGUUUGAACUGUAUUUCAUCCAAGAUAAUAUUGCUAUGUAGUUUUCUUAUAUUUUUUUAAGUAACUUCCAGAAUGCAAAGUAUUGUUUUGGUAGUUUUAAGUUAUGUACCUGAGUCAUCCAGAUGCUCCAAGUAACGAUCAUGAAAAUAUCAGCCUUUUAUGUGUUUCAAUAAUUAUUUCACAUACACACACACAGGGACAGGUACGAGUCAUCAUCAACAUAUGACUGAUCCAACUGACCAACAUUACAAUCAUGACCAUGAUCAACUAUUGGCCAGCUGAUCACAAUAAAUGGAUUUAGUAAACACUCCUCCUCACUUGUGUCAUCACUAAAUCUCGCUUCACUAUUGUUUUCCAACUUACUAUUCCUUGUUACCUUCACUUAACAGCUCAUCAAAGUGGCUCAUCAUAAUGCAGACACUCCCUGAGUUACAAAUGAAUGAGUUAGGUUCCAGAUGAUUGUAAGUUGUUAUGUUCAUAAGCUAUGUUUAUAACUUGCUAAUUUGUUAAACAUUUUGGGUGUACAGUACCCUCUUGAGUUUUGCACUUGCUUUCUUCCAAAGCUAUACCGCUAAACUUGAGGAUCACAAAACCAAGGAUAUUGAAAACGUGGUAAAGUGCGUAUUUAUGCUAGUCACAUAGUCUAGCACUGUGUAAGUGCAUGUUUUAUCCUCACAUUGAGUGUGACAUGGGAGCAUGGUGCUGCAUCAGUGUAAACAACAUGAUCUUGCUGUUAUGAGUGACUUGGGAUUUCUCCUGUGCCAGUUUCAGCCACACAGUUAUUAUAUCACAACAUACAUCAAAACUGGCCACACAACAAACAAUGUCACACUCAGUCACACCAUAUUUAACAUCAUAACUAGCCACAACACAACCACACUGCAUAUAUAGCACCCAGCCAAACCAUAAAUACAAAACCGCAUCAUGCUACACAUCAUACCAGCCACACAACUGCCCAUACCUCACUCAUCACUCCCAGCCAUACCACAUAUUACUUGCAUCUGAACAGCCACACAGUAAUUUGUAUCACAGUCAUACCACAUAGCAUAGAACUGUUUGAGUGUGUAUUUUGUCCUCACAUUCAGCAUGAUGCAGAAGUGUGAUCUUGAUGCUACAGGUGGUUCAGGAAUGGUCCUGAACCUGGCCUCUUGUUCAUAUCUGCAGGAGUUUGUAACUUGAAUGUUUAUAAAUAAGGGAAUGCUUGUAUGUAUGGUAAUUAUUGCAUGAGCUGACUUACAUCUAAAUCAGUUUAUGACUUGUUGGUCAGAACCAAUUGCUGUCUUAAGUCGAUGACAACCUGUAUUCACAAGUGAAUAAAAAUUUAAACCAAUGUGGAAA